GGCCUACGGAUAUCAGAUCUCUAACUUCUACUACGGGAACCCUCCUUGAUCCAGUGAACCGAGACUGGGGAUGAAUAGCUGAGAGGUAUGAACCUUCCCUCGACAACACAGACACAGACACACGCACGACCAACAUGCGCCUAAUAAACACUUCCACCCUCGCCCUGGCCGAAUUCCACAAUGCAGCCUCAACCCCGCCCUACGCAAUCCUCUCCCAUACCUGGGAACAAGAAGAAGAAGUCACCUUCCAGCAAUUCACUACCCUCCCCCAUAGAGAAGUCACCUUGAAGAAAGGCUUCGCGAAGAUCGCGCAAACAUGUGCGCUGGCGCGGGCGCGGGGGCUCGACUGGGCGUGGGUGGACACGUGCUGUAUCGACAAGAGCAGUAGCAGCGAGCUGACAGAGGCGAUUAACUCUAUGUUUCGCUGGUAUCUGCAGGCGAAGGUGUGUUUUGCCUUGUUGGCGGAUUUGGAAGCGGGCGAUGGGGCGCAGGGGAAGAAGGGUGUGGACGAAGGGGAGGACGGCGGAGAUGCGCAGGCCGAUGAAGACAAACCGGUAGAUCAGGGGGGUUCUGAGGUGGCAGACACUAUGUCCACCGUCAGUGAACACGGCUCGCUCUUUGAUCAGCAGGUUGCCCGGUUUGCACACUGCCGCUGGUUCACGCGCGGCUGGACGCUGCAAGAACUCAUCGCGCCGCACCGGGUGGAGUUCUACAACCGCAGCUGGGAGUUCCAGGGGGACAAAGUGUCGCUGAGAGCCGUCCUAUCGGAAAUCACGCGAAUCUGUGCCAAGGUCCUCAAGAACGCCGACCUGCUCCCCACCGUGCCCGUCGCACAGCGCAUGUCGUGGGCCGCCACGCGCCAAACCACCCGCGUCGAGGACACAGCCUACUGCCUGCUGGGAAUCUUCGGCGUACACAUUCCCCUGCUCUACGGCGAGGGCGACAAGGCCUUCAUUCGGCUGCAGGAGGAGAUCGUCAAGGAGACCAACGAUCUGACGCUCUUCGCGUGGCGCAUGGAGGCCCAGCUGGCCGCGGGGCAGACGCACUGGGGCAUCCUGGCCCCGUCGCCGCUCGAGUUCGCCGACUGCGUCGAUAUGGAGAUAAGGGUUGACCCUAUGCACAACAACGAGUGUGUUAUGACCAGCAAGGGCCUGCGCGUGACGCCCGUUCCGGGUGGCGGGCUGCGGCUCGGCGAGGACGGCACGUACGUGAUGAGCCUGCAGUGUCACCGGCGCAACGAGCUUCAGAACUUGGGAAUCUUCCUCCAGCAGCACGGGUGCGAUGUGUACACACGGGUCAGGCCGGACAAGCUGUCCAAAGCGCACCGGUCGGACAGGGACAAGUACCGUAUAUUUUAUGUUAGCAAGACGGUGUCGGCGUUGCGGUCGGAUAUGCUGAGGACCAGCAUCCGCAACGCUAUUAACCUGUCGCAGGUGCUAGAGAAGCUGCGAGGGAAACACAUGAAGCCGGCGACGGUGGGCGCGUUCAAGCCCGAGGGGCACUGGGAUGCGCAGCGCUGUCUGUUUUUGACGCAGGGCAUGCAAAAAUUUAUUUGCCGCGUUAGAUUAGGCAGAGGACCGACGCAGAGGGUGUUGGUGUGUGAGCUGACCGGUAAUGGCUUGUCAGCGAGGCUGGGCGACGCUGAACCGUCCAGAAGAGACCUGGGAUCUGGCGAUGAGGGAGAGGAAGAGAACGACAGCGCGGAGCGGAUCGAGCGAAUGCUACGGGGCCCAAGGUUCUCUCCAACUCCAACUCCAACGGUGGUCGAGGGUGUUAUGGACGGGCAGCCUGUAUAUUUCGUCGACGUCGACGUGACCUGGUGGCUUUGAAAGUAGUGGUACUGUGAAACUUGGAAGCUCGGUUGCCGGUGUCAACCCCAGUCAGGGGUAGCAUACAGUUAUUGCAUAAGGUCUGAGAGGCGCACGCUGUCUGAAGACAGAGGAAGAAUGAAGAUGAUAAUCAACUCAAUCCAGGCUACAUAAGGUAAGUCCAAGAAAGCGCCAAUUGCGCUAGUUCGGACAGGGAAGAUCUCGGCUCCCAGAGCGCCAAGGCCAUGCAACCCGCUUUCCGCCAGGCUGCGAGAUGCGUGGUAACCUCCGCUCCUUUUAUAACGGCGUUGCUGAGAGGUUGUGCAUGAACUGGGUGGUGUCUGCAUCUAGAGACCGUAUGGCUGGCACCUCGAUGGUGUUGUGGGAAGCGGGGGAUGUUGAAAUAGUGAGGUUACCCUCGAUAUCCCCCCAGCUCGUGCGCCUCCUAUGGCACAGGCUGUCCGUCUUUUUGCUCUGAAUCAGGAAGUCUACCUUGGG